CACAUUUUCCACUUCCGACAAUUCACUUUGGAACCUAUUUCGGAGGUAAGCAUCGAGCGCAAUGGCUCGUAUUUAUUAUCUUAAGCUGACUCGGGAAUCUUUUUCAGUAGGAUCGAGCUAAUUCUUUGCGCCAAAUUCCUCCACACGCCAAAAAUUGUUGCAGAACGAUUGAGAUCUGUAGUUGAAAUGGUGAAUCGAAGCUUUCCCCAACAUAGGGCCUCAUCGAAUUCCAGAUUUCUUCUACGAAAAUCAUCCCCUUUUGCGUUUUCCCUCUGUUUGAUUUUCAUUUUUGCAUCUUCGAUCUUCGUUUUCUUCUUCUUCUGCGCCAGAAAUGUACUGGAAGAUGAACAGAAGCCGCUGUUUCCAGAGCCAGAGGAAUUUCCGUCUCAUUCUCAUGCCAAAUCUGAGCAGAAAUCAGUUGAUCACCUAUGGGAUGCUCCAUCGAGUCACGGGUUCCAUCCCUGUGUCAAGCCUACCUCAAGAUAUGAAGCUGCCCAAAGCUCGGAUCGUUACAUCACAGUGAGAAGUAAUGGGGGAUUAAAUCAAAUGCGAGCUGGUAUUUCUGACAUGGUGGCUGUGGCACACAUUAUGAAUGGAACCUUGGUUAUCCCUCAAUUGGAUAAACGUUCAUUUUGGCAUGAUACAAGUACAUUUUCAGAUAUUUUCAACGAACAUCACUUUAUCAAAACCUUACAAAGUGAUAUUAAGAUAGUCAAGGAGCUCCCCAAGGAAUUGGAGUCUAUUCCUCAUGCUCGUAAGCAUUUCACUUCAUGGGCUGGCUUUGGUUACUAUGAAGAGAUGACGCGGUUAUGGAAAGAUUAUCAGGUCAUUCAUGUCGCAAAAUCUGAUUCUCGAUUGGCAAAUAAUGAUCUACCCUUGGAUAUUCAGAGACUCAGAUGUCGUGCAAUGUAUGAAGCCCUUCAUUUUGCUCCACCAAUUGAGAACUUUGGGAAGAAGCUGGCCGAGCGGCUUCGAUUGCGUGGAGGAAGAUAUAUUGCCCUUCAUUUGAGAUAUGAGAAAGACAUGCUAUCCUUCACGGGUUGCACUUAUGGUUUGACUCAUCUUGAAGCCGAAGAGCUAGAAAUAAUGAGGGAGAAAACACCACAUUGGAAGAUCAAAAAUAUAAACUCAACGCAACAAAGAAUAGAGGGCCUUUGUCCUCUGACUCCGAAGGAAGUGGGAAUAUUCCUGCAAGCUCUUGGGUAUCCUCCAUCAACAUUAACCUACAUUGCAGCUGGGGAGAUCUAUGGUGGCGAUACUCGACUUUCUGAGCUUUCUUCUCGGUUUCCUAACAUUGUUACCAAAGAAACACUUGCAACAGAGGAAGAAUUGAAGCCAUUCAUCAAUCAUGCUUCGCAGAGUGCUGCACUUGAUUAUAUUAUUUCAAUUGAGAGUGAUGUUUUUGUUCCAACAUACUCAGGGAACAUGGCAAGAGCAGUUGAGGGCCACCGUCGAUACCUAGGGCACCGCAAAACGAUCACUCCAGAUAGAAAAGGACUUGUUGACAUUUUUGAUAAGCUGGAAAAGGGACAGCUAAGAGAAGGAUCCUCGCUGUCAGAUCAUGUGCGUAGGAUGCAUAAGAACAGACAAGGAGGUCCAAGAAAAAGGAGAGGUCCACAACCUGGAAUAAAGGGUCGAGCACGAUUCAGGACUGAAGAAUCAUUCUUCGAAAACCCAUACGAGUGUAUAUGUAAAUCUAAACAACAACUGUGAAAUCACCUAAAGAUGCAGCACAGCUUUACGGUUCGUUCUUCGCAUUCUCGAACCGACUUUCAAGUGACCAAGUUCAUUAGAAAGUCCUAAGACAUUGAGGCGUGCUGCUUUUUGUAGUCGAUAUUCUGUUCUCAGAUCAUCUGGGUCGCUAACUUGAGAAUGUUUGCCAGCAAUCUCAGAAAUCAAGCAAGCUCCGGAAGUUGUGCCUGAUUUCACUAUUUUUCUUCUGUCCUCUCCAUUUUUUCAUAAUUUACAGCCGUUGUUUACGUUGUUAUGUGCCAAAGAUACACAUUAACUAGCAGCAAAGAACCUUUCUUUUGUAAUUUUAUCGGUUUAAUAUAUGUCCUCUCCAGUUAUUCAUAAUUUAUAGCUGAUGUUUACAAUACU